AUGGGCGACCACGCCGUGCAUCAUCGUUGUGGCGGCCAGCAUACGAACGCAGGGUCGGUGCGGACACAGACCAUCACUCCUUGUCUAUUGUGCGAACUUGAACAGAUUUUUAUCAUGUAUCAGUUUGCAGAACAACCGGUACUUGACGUGGAACGUGUGCGACUCGCGUUGGGUGACAAAUUUGCUCUUGGAGCCAUGAACGAUGCCACAGAGACGCUCGAGGCGAUUUUGGACGCGCUGCACUAUGACACAUUUAACCAGAUGCUACUUCAGCGUCGCAAGAAUUCUUCUGCGAUUGGAAUGACUAAUAUCGCGGAUGAAAUGUCCGCAUCCUUACAAAUAGACGCUUCUGCUAUCAUCUGCGAACCACAAUGCGUAGCCCAUCGCUUAUUCCAGAUGAAUCUUAUGGAGCUUAAAAUUUGUGCCUCUUGUGGCCAUACAGCUGAGCCUAUCAUGAAUACGGAUUUUCUGUAUCGGGUGUAUGCACAGGAAGUGCUAAACAAUGCGCGAAGUGAAAAAAAUGGUACGAAGAUGACGCUAGAGGACGCACUUAGAACAGAAGCUCAGUCACAAAAAGUGGCUGGAACGUGUGAAUUAUGCGAUGUAGGGGGACAUAGAGCAUUAAGUAGAUGGAUUUUAACGUUGCCGAUGGUGUUCGCGAUCAGUAUCAUUUGGUCUAGUACUCAAAUGAACAAGACGGAUAUUAAGGACUGGCUGGAGCUCUUGUCAACCCAAUGUCAAAUUGACGAAGAGUCUCAACAAGCACUCGAUUUAGGUCGUAUUUUCAGACUGGAUAACUCGACUGAAGAUUCGUCAUGUUUCUCAUUUCGUGGUCUUGUGUGCUAUUAUGGAAGACACUAUGUGGGAUUCUUUGCCAGUACCAGUCUGGAUGAUAACGGAGUGGAGCGACAGCGUUGGUUUCUUUUUGAUGAUACCCGCGUUAAACUUGUGGGUACGUGGGCAGAUGCUCGACAGCGUAUUGAGCGUGGCGGCUAUCAGCCGACAUUGCUUUUUUAUGAGCAGAAAGGCAUCAAACAUGAAACUCUUGAAAAGAUCGCUACAGAAAUUCACAAGUGGUGGGAAGCAGCAGCUGACAAACCUACCAACAAAAAGGAUGCGUCAGAGAAGUUAUGUACUGGGACUACUAUUAAAAGCGUUCCACACGAAGUGGAACGUGGCAUUGAAGACAAGCUGUUGGCAAAGAUGGAGCGAAGUGUUCAAAUUUCUCAAAAAGACUCAUUAUCACCAUUUGUUCAGGCACAGUCCAGGACUCUGCCGAUCAGCCCGGUAUUGUUGCCUACUCGUGCACCGAAAUCAGUGCCUGCACAAAUCGAGUUUCAGGCAGGGAAUGGGUGGCGCGAUGAGGACUUUCAUCUGCACAAGGCACAUCAAUCUGCCCAAGACACGCUACAACGUCUCAAUGGAAUUUUGGCAAAAGACAAGGGUCCGUUGUCGACUCCUGUCGAUAGGCGAGCGGUGCUACGCAUGGCAAUGUCUCAUUCGAUGCAAAAUUCUGUUCGUCUACGUGACUACUCGGUUCAUCCCGCCACUGACGAGCAACUAGACGUGAAUCCUGACAACAUUUUUGACGAUGAAAACCCCGUGACGAAAGGCAAUUAUAAUAUGAAAAGUUUUCAGAGCGAUCAUGCACUUGCGUCGAUAGAAUUUGAUGAUAUGCCGGCUCAGACUCCCCAUGGUCCACUUAUGGGUUAUGAUGUGAGUCUGAAUGCCUCAGAUGGUGGUAUUGGGUUGUUACUGGACGAUUCACCAAUUGAUGAGAGUUCAGCGUCGGCUUUCGUAAGAGGAAUCAAAAAAGUUUUUACUGUGUCUGGUUUUGAGGUCAAUGGUUUAGGCGCCAAGUUGUCUGCUGAAGCAAGUGGUGCGAUUCGCAAAGGUGAUAUUCUUGUGGGCAUAAAUGAUCACAUGCUUGAAAAUGAAGACCUUGUGCACGUACUUGAAAUGUUGCUGAUGUCACCAAAUCCAGUGCAUCUCAAAUUUAUUCGUUUUCAGCUGUGGUCGUGUCCACGUUGUACAUUACUGAACAAGGUGACAGACGUAGUUUGUGCUGCUUGUGGACACAAACCAGCCGUGGAAAGCUUAGCAUUGUUGCGGUAG